AUGUGCCCCGAGCCCUCUGAGAUGCCUCUGCCGUCGGAUCAAGAUACCCUGUUGCCCUCGCCUCCGCCAGACCAGCUUUCCGGCCGCACGACAUGCCCCCCGGAGACCUCCCGACCUCAUGCACGCACCCGCGACACCGCAAUUGAAGCCAACACCUCCACUUCCUCCGACGCUCGUGCCGCACACCCUGAAUCAACCUCUGAUAUCGCCUCGCCGCCCGCUGACCAGGAUAGCCGGCCGAAUGUCGACCCACGGCAACCAGCACCUGCAAAACGAAUGGAUACCGACGACGACGGCCCGCUGAGGGACACUCCUAGUCCGGUCAGUGCCACGGGCGAUACUGCCGAAUGCGACCGCUCGUCACUGCAGAGUCCUGCGCUUCCCUCCACCGCCUCCGCCUCCUGGUAUCCGAGCAUGUACGGUUCGGCGUGGCCCGACCAUCGGUUCCUCCCUAAUUCCACUUCCUCCUUCCUCCGUCCCGGCAGCAAAUUCAAGGGCACGCAACAGUCCGACCGUCAAGUGUACGAGGUGCAGGUGGAGAUUAAGUACGUGGACAUGGACUCGCACUGUCUGUGCGGAUACCUGCGCAUCCAGGGCCUAACGGACGACCACCCUACGCUCACCACGUAUUUUGAGGGUGAGAUCAUCGGCACAAAAUACACCUUCCAAACCAACCGGCCAGAAUGGGGUUCAAACGAGAAAGUAGACAUGCAGCACUGGGGCCGUUUUCCGGCAUGGCGGCCGCUCGCCAAACAGGCCAAGCGCGCCGAUUUCACAUACAAGAACUUCGCUCAGCGCGAGAAUCUCUUCAUGCGAUGGAAAGAACAUUUCCUCGUUCCGGACCAUACAGUCCGCACCAUUUCUGGUGCCAGCUUUGAGGGCUUCUACUACAUCUGCUUCAGCCAAGUCACCGGGAAAAUCAGCGGAAUCUACUUCCACGCCAAAAGCGAAAAGUAUCAACAACUGGAUUUGGAACAUGUCGAUGAUCACGGGUGCAUGGGCGCAAUUGAGUUUCGAUGA